AUGUUGCCCCCUGCGCUUGCGUCAGUCAUCCUGCCUCCUCGCCCCCUCUACAGCUGCGGCCCGGCUCAGCUACGAUGCGGCUCGCGUCCAUGGUAUCACGCUCAUUCCCCGACCCGCUGGUUUACGCUAUACUACCGCCGACGUUCGCGGAAGACGGGCAUAUCUAGCGAGGAAUGGACUGCCAUAAAAUACGACGUCCGUGCACUCACUCGCGUGGCUGGCCUCAAUUUCUGUGACGACUUUCGUCAUCAUGACAAGCAGAAGCUCGAAUGGAUCAGGCGCGAGUGGAAAGACAACACCCUCACAGGCUACAGCCCGGCACCCAGUUCUCCGGGACUACGAGAACCAGUGGCCGGUGAUGAUAAUGGUGGGAAUGUACAUGUCCGACGCGAGGAAAACUGCGCGCAAGGAGGCACCCUUUCCCGGGGCUUUGGAGGAAGGGCGGCGGUCGGCCUCGCAAAAUCAUCCUCCGGCCCAUACCAGAUCUUGAGAGAAUCCAUGACCACGUCCGCAGAGCCGCAGGCCUCAAGCCACACAUUUGACCAGAUACGGCGUUCUGCAGGCCGACGUUGGCCGCUCAUUGACGCGCUCGAGCUCGACCCCUGGAUCAACUGGACAAGACAGGACAGGACAAGAUCGGUCGUUUCUGCGGCAGAUCGCAGAGAAGCACCCUGUUCUCGAGAAGCACGAGAGCCAAUGGCCGGCACUCAUAUUAGCGAGAUUUCACUUGACAGUCCUCAGGAGACGGAAACCCUCGUCCCUGUUGGCGUGGUCUUCACGGGUCGACUGGUGACCUACUUUCUUGCACAUGGUCAUAUUCCAUCACCCGGUUGCGUUGAAUGGGAAGUUUAG